AUGCCGACAGGCUCCCUGACUGGCUCGGAAGAGCCUCGGAUGGAUCUGAGGGAGCUGCAGCUGGAGUACCGGGCGCCGCCCCGCUCUAAGCGGCGUCCCCGAGGUGAAACUUGCCCUUCGCUUGAUAAUUCCUCCGCUGCGGAAGAGGAGGAAGAAGAGGAGGAGGAGGAGGAGGACGAAGAGGAAGAGGACGAAGAAGACGAGGAGGACGACGAAGACGGGGAGGCGGUGGCGAGCAAAAAGAAACGCGCCAAGGGAGCUUCCGGGACCGGGGAAGGCGGCGGCGGAGUUAAAAAGCAGCCGGCGGCGGGUCGGAGCGCCGCGGGCUCAACGCCGGAGUGCAAGCAGUCGCAGCGCAACGCGGCCAACGCGCGCGAGCGAGCCCGCAUGCGCGUGCUGAGCAAAGCCUUCUCGCGCCUGAAAACCAGCCUGCCCUGGGUGCCUCCGGACACCAAGCUCUCCAAGCUGGAUACGUUGCGCCUGGCCUCCAGCUACAUCGCCCACCUGCGGCAGCUGCUGCAAGAAGACUGCUACGAGAAGGGCUACGUGCACCCUGUCAACCUGACUUGGCCAUUUGUGGUUUCAGGAAGACCAGAAUCUGACACCAAAGACGUCCCAACAGCCAGCAGAUUAUGUGGAACUACAGCUUAGUUAAAGUAAAGAGUGCUCUUGCUGGAUGCGUUUACCAAUUCCAUUGUCUUCUCUGGACCAAAGAAAACUGAAACAGUGAAAAACAAUUAUACUGUGUUUAAAUCCUCUCCUUCAGUUGGAAAGAAAACUGCACUUAAAAUGUAAUGUGAAGUAGGAAGAUCUGUCCAAGUUUCAGAUAAAAUGGUAGCUUUGAAAAGGCAUUUUUGCAUCAUUUUCUAAAGAACUGUUCUAAAAAAAUUUGACUAACAGAAAACAUGCAGGCGGAUAACUAUUAAAAUUAAUAGCAUGAACCAAAUUAUAGGUUGUGUGAAGUAACCCCAAACAGUGUUAUUUGUAUACCAAAGGAAAAUAGUAUUCUAGACUAGUCCUUAACACAAAUUUAUAAUA